UUUCCAUGGAAGGGAGGGCACUUUUUCUCCACCACCCACCCGGCCUCCCUCUGCCACCUCCCCGGCUUGCUUCCUUGCUUGCUCCUGCCUUCCAGGGCCAGACUGGCUCCAGUGUACCUCAGGCAAACACUACCAGGCCCCACGCAGCUCCAGGAGGCCGGACGCCAUCAGCACAGCGAAGACCCAGCAGCUGCCUGCAGCCAUGCUGGCCCUCAGCCUGGUCAUUCUGGGCCUGCUCAGUACAGUGCCGCCGGCUAGCUGUCAGCAAGGCCUGGGGAACCUGCAGCCCUGGAUGCAGGGCCUCAUUGCAGUGGCUGUGUUCCUGGUCCUCGUUGCAAUCGCCUUCGCCGUCAACCACUUCUGGUGCCAGGAAGAGCCGGAGCCAGGAGCCAUGGUCAUGACCGUUGGAAACAAGGCGGACGGGGUCCUGGUGGGAACAGAGGGCAGGUACUCCUCCAUGGCGGCCGGCUUCAGGUCCGGUGAGCACAAGAAUGCCUAUGAGAACAUCCUGGAGGAGGAGGGCAGAGUCCGAAGCACCCACAUGUGACCUGGCUCGCCCGAAGCUCUAAGGCACCCGUGAUAGAUGCCAGUGCCACCCUGAUACUUCAGUCCCUGUGCAGGAACCUAAAAGAAUGGGCUGACACCCCUUAGUUUCAGCCAGUCAAGGCUGGGGCUCAGAUGAUGCCCAAGUGGGGCCUGGCUGUGGCCCUCGGGUCUUCUUGGGCGUCUCCUACCUAACUCAGAAAAGCCUUCUGAAAAGACAGCCAGCUCAGCACCUCCCACCGUGCCUCCCACCCUCCCCUGUGAGCAUGGAGAUGGCCCUUACUUCUGAGAAAUAAAGACUUUUUGUAUGCCUGGG